AUGGCGGACGAUAUCUCACGGAACACCAACGAUCGCAUCGAGGUUGAGAUUGAGAAGGAGCGGAUCGAAAACCUCGAACAUGUGGCCGAGCAACGCAAUGUCGUGCCUCAUAUCGACCCGGCUCGGAGAGCGGUGGUCGAGAAGAGCCUCAAGCGGAAGCUGGAUGCUCGAUGCAGUCUGUUCGUGCUCAUCUACAUCAUGAACUAUCUCGAUCGCAACAACAUCUCGGCAGCCCGGUUGAAGGGUCUGCAGGAUGAUCUCAACCUCACAGACACCCAGUACUCGACUUGUCUGAGUAUUCUAUACGUUGGAUACAUUUUGAUGCAGGUUCCUUCGAACAUGUUCAUCAACCGUAUUCAGCGGCCCUCCAUCUACAUCGCCAUUGCGAUGACCCUCUGGGGUCUGAUCUCGACCUGCUCGGGACUGGCAGGCAACUUUGGCCACAUGGUGGCGAUCCGGUUCCUGCUGGGCUUCGUCGAAGCUGCUUUCCUGCCCGGUGCCCUGCUCAUCCUCUCCAAGUGGUACACCCGCCGAGAGCUGACCACCCGGAAUGCCGUCCUGUUCUGCGGUAACCUCAUCUCCAACGCCUUCUCCUCGCUCGUUGCCGCGGGUGUGCUCUCCAACAUGGAGGGUGUCCUGGGCCACGCCGCAUGGCGCUGGCUCUUUUGGAUCGAGGGUGCCAUUACCAUGACUAUUGCCAUUUCUGCGGCCUUUAUCUUGCCCGAUCUGCCCACGAAUUCCCGCGGUUUCACUGAGGAGGAGCUCCUCGUGGCACAGCUUCGUAUCCUGGAGGAUGUCGGCGAGGCUGAUACCGACUCCGAGGAACAGAGUGCCUUCAGCGGUCUCAUCAUGACUCUGAAGGAUUUCAAGAUCUACCUGAUGAUGCUGGCUUUUACCGCCUAUGUUGUGGGAUUGUCCUUCAACGCUUUCUUCGUAAGUUCCCAGCUGGCCGACCAAAAUACCACCACCGGUACUAACCAUAUCUACCAACAGCCUACCCUGACCGGUACCCUGGGCUUUGCCUACGUCCCCACUCUCCUCAUGAGUGCUCCCCCAUGGGUCUUCUCGUGCAUUUUCUCCGUGAUCAACGCGUGGCACGCCGACCGAACCCAAGAAAAGAUCUGGCACAUCUACGGCCCCAUCAUCAUGGGCCUAGUCGGCUUCAUCAUCAGCAUGUCGACCCUCAACCUCCUCCUUCCCGCGACCCCCGCCAAGCGCGCCGUUGCACUAGCCCUCAUCAACGCAUUCAGCCAACUUGGCAACGUAGCCGGCUCAUACGUCUGGGGUCUGAAGGACAACGGGUACCGCAAGAGCUACGGCAUCGUCACCGCCAUGUACGGGAUUACCAUCGUCGGGUUCUGGAUAUUCCGCAUGAUCCUGGUGAAUCUGAACAAGAAGCUAGAGCACAAGGAGGCGGAGUGGGAUGCUGAGCAUAGUGAGGCGCAGAAUGGGGAGGUGGUGUUUAUGGAGAGUGCGGAUGAGUCGUUGCGGAUGCGCAAGGGCUUUAGAUAUCUGGUUUAG